CCUGAUGCUUCUCUCGUGUCUUGGUUCCUCCUCUUCCUCCAUAGCUCUGUGUGGUGAUGAUCUUUUUGGUGUCAGUGAUCAUGUACCGUGGGAUUGUCAGCACCGCAAUGUAUCACACUGGGAACAGAGUUCUGAUGACGCAGGCAGGUAACAUUGCGAAUAUCAGCAGCUCCAUGGUGAACUUGGUGCUCAUCCUUCUCAUGAGUCAGGUCUACACUUCCUUGGCUGAGAAACUUACCAGAUGGGAAAUGCACCGGACUCAAACACAGCACGAGGAUGCCUUCACCUUCAAAGUUUUCAUUUUCCAGUUUGUGAACUUCUAUUCGUCGCCUUUCUACGUGGCUUUCUUCAAAGGCAGGUUUGUAGGCUACCCUGGUCAAUACGGACAGCUCCUGGGCAUGAGGAAUGAAGAUGUAAGUACAAUGCAGCAGCGAGUCCUUGCGCAUGCUGGCACUUAUAGCAAUAGCAGUUAG